UCGAUGCAACUAUGUUCCAUGAUCAAUAUAUAACGUGUUCGAUAUUUUCCUUUCAGCAGAUGGGACAGUUGGCAUGCACCCUGUGCGAUCAUUACAUCAUGGGAAAUUCGGUUUAUGUGACGUUGCUUGGCUUCAUUGGGACCGUUAGUCCAUCGUAAUACUCGUUAAUUGUUUUGCGUAUUAUAAAAUGUUCAUUUAAAGCACGGAAUUUUUCCGAUUAAUCGAAGCGACAGAGGACUCGUGUAAUUGGCUGAUUUUGUUCGCCGAAUAACGAUUCAUCGACAUCGAAUGACAUAUUAUUGCAACUGUAAAGGAACUGAUGUUGGCAUAAUAACUUUUUAUUUAUCAGGUGAUUACCGCGUUCGACAUUGUUCGAAUAAUGAAUUGCAAUACAACGGACAGAUCAACGUCUCGAACGGGAAGCAACGAGACCGUUCCUUUAGAAGUGGAAAGAGACCUGAAACUAAUGACUUCGAUUCUAGGAAUUGAACACUACACUUUCAUCAUGCUGGGUGCAAUUACGGAGUACCCUGUGUUACACACACCCUGGCUAUUGAUGCAACUAUGCGUGAUCAUCGUGGAAGUCAUUGUAUUCUGUGUGAAAGUGUUUCUCGACGGACUUCACGUGAAACGCGACGAGAUAUUACUGUCUAUUUUAACCGUGCACAAUUGGCUUCAAGUCUUUUGUCUGUUUCUUCGACAAGCGCGACAUACCCGUUAAAAUUUAUA